GAACAGCGAUUUCCUAGUUGAUUUCCUGUGUUGCAGUUUGAUGAAUACGCGAGAAAACGCGCUGUUUUUGUUUUCGUUUUAGGCAAUUAACAACAUCUACCACAGUUUGAUUCUUUUAUAGUUACACGCUCUGCACUUGCGGACAUAUAGCGACCUACAUAGCGGUUUGCCAUUCCAAAGUCCACAUGUAAUACUUAACGAGUUAACAGUGGCGGGUCAGAGAACGUUUUGACAGGAGACCAAACGUCUUCUCGUCUAUUUCGGAUCCACCAGCCACCUCCGUAUUGGUGACAAUACAGUAGUAGUACAUUACUUUACUUUUGACGAGGCAACAUGACAGGAAGAGUUGAAACCAGCGACCGAACCGCUUCAGUUAGCGUCAAAGCUAACGCUGCGGCACAACAAAACAAGAACACAAUAAUCUGUGUCGUUUAUGUAAUCGCCGCUUUGGACAUAACCUGGAUGUUUUUACAGUUCUCCAUAACGCCUUACUUGGCAAAGAAACUGGGCUUUGACACCUUGUGGUUUGGUUAUUUGCAAACUAUGGUGGGUGUGGUCCAGCUGUUUGGGGGUCCUUUGUUUGGAAGGUUUGCAGAUGUUUUUGGGGCCCGAGCAGCACUGUCGUUGUCUUGCGCUGCAACUAUAGUUUUCUUCAUUCUGUUGGCACUGGCAGACUCUCCUGCCAUGCUUUUUAUCCAAAAGCUCCCCACAGUCUUCAUGCAUGUCUUACCAGCUUCUCAGAUGGUCGUGGCAGACCUUUCCAAACCGGAAGAACGGGCAGAUUGUCUUUCCAAACUCGGUCUGUGUUUUGGCAUUGGAAUGAUAGCUGGCUCCACUUUAGGCGGGCAUCUGGUCACACACUAUGGGGAGAGAUUUGCCGCAUAUUCCGGUGCAGCAGGGAGCGCAUUAAGUCUGCUGCUGGUGUUAAUCUUUAUCCCUGAAACCACCAAAGCUCAAGCGCCAAAGGCCAACACAGAGUCUGAGACUAAAAGAGAGUCCAUAUUCAACGUGGGACGGAUCACAAGACUCCUAAAGUAUCCAGGCGUGGCGCCAAUUUUUGCUGUGAAGAUUGUCACGGGUUUGCCUUCAGGCAUUUUCCAAGUCAUGUUUUCUAUCAUUGCAAUGGAGUUUUUUAAGUUGACACCACAGGAAAAUGGCUACCUCAUGGCAUAUUUUGGAAUAACCCAGAUGGUGAUUCAGGGAGGGGUGAUCGGACAACUUACAGCAAGGUACUCUGAGAGUUUGCUGCUACUUCUGUCCAUCGGGAUUUCUGCUUUGGUAGGCCUGGCGCAGGCGUACAUGCAGAAUGUGUUCCAGUUCUGCCUCACUGUGGUCCCCAUGAUGUUUUCUCUCAGCGUGUUUAAUGUCAUCACCGACAGUUUGCUCACCAAGAGCGUACCUUCCUCGGACACAGGCACCAUGUUGGGACUGUGUGCGUCUGUUCAGUCUCUACUUCGUACAGUUGGCCCGACCAUUGGCGGCUUUCUCUACGUAGGCUACGGCAUUUCCUCCAUCGGCCUGCUUCAGUUUACUGUGAAUGCUGCUGUAUUUGUGUACCAGCUGCAGCGUCGACACGAGAGCAAGAAAGACGAGCACAAACAAUGAAACGUCUCAAAUAUUUUCACAGGAGGCGGACCUUGGUUUCAUUUGUAUAAUUACUUUAUCCUACUGAUGUGAAAGGCAUUAUAUAAUUGUAUUUUUGUAUGUGUUUUUGCAGUAAAUACCCAUAAUGAAUUAUUUUAUCCACAGUCAGUCUGACGUGAAUCAGCCAGCGUUAAUGUGGUUCCACUGUAAAUAUGCAAGAAGAACACGGUAGGACAAAAAAGGAAUCAUUCUAGUGUAAAGCAGUGUUCCUUGAACUCAGACUUUCAAGAGUCAAGAUCCCUGAUGUUUUUUUGUUUUUCAAAGUCAGAACUAAAGUUUAGCAGGCGGAAAUAAAGUGUUGGUGUCGUAUACGCAGUAAGCCGAACUCAUUUUAAGGACGUGCAACAACAAAAUCCACCUUGCUGUGGUGACGAGUACAGUAUAGGUUUCGAGAAUGAAGAAAUUUCGGAAACUAACCAUCCAGCAUCAGCUGAAGUUAGCAAUAAUUAACUGCUAAAAUCCAAGAUGCCAAAAUGUGGGAGGAGGAAGAAAGGAAGGAGCACAACCUUAGCAAAUGUCGUCCAAUAGCGGUCAUGUCAGGAGCUCGCCCUCCCUGUCUGAUUUCAUACCACACGCUCUGCCUCCAAGGCGGUCAGAGCGAAAGAAAAGACGUCGGCUUCAAGUUAAUGUAGUCCUGCAAAAGAUAUCAGGGGACAUGUUAGUACUGUAAUUUAACUAAUGUGGGGGAAAAUAUUUUUAACAGGACAAACAUUUUGUAGAAUUUAAGAUGUCAGCUAUCUUCUGUCCUCCACUCACAUGGGUCACAUGACCAAGAUCACCUGGAAGAGGGCACAACUUUGUAGUACUGUAGUGUAGUACAACACAUGCUUUGGUCAUAAGCAGAAUUCUGCAAUAUAUGGUAUGACCGACGAUCCAAAAGCAGUGGCAGAGCUACGGGGUGGCCAGUGGGGACCUUGGCCACCCCCACUGGCCAUCUAGACAAUUCCGGUAUCAACUUAUUGCCACCCCUAUGUGAAUAAUGGUCUUAUCUUGGCCACCCCAAUGAAAAAUGUCUGGCUCCGCCACUGCCACAGACGGUGUGUGGAAUAGCACUGUUGGGGUGGGGGGAAACUGCCACUGGCAAUAACAGCGCUCUCACCUGGCGGUAAAGACGCACUUGAGACGAUGCACAUCUGGCGUAAGAUGUAUUGUUAGCUAGCUAUCUAGCUAUAUAUUGAAGGCAUCAAAUCCUUCAUUAAGGAUUUUUCCCCCAAAAUUAUUGAUCGUACUGAGGGUGAAUUUAUCGUAGAAAUGGACAAUUAUCGUCCGUCUGGCAACGUUGGUGUCAAUGCACCGCCAGCUUCUGUUGGACAAACUUUGCCGCUGCCAAUGUUAAAAGCGACAUUAGCGCCAUCUCGUGGUCAAGGCUGUAGAACGAAUGAUCAAGCGUGAGCGAGGGCCCGGAGAGGGAAAGCGAAUCGCACCCAGGUUCUGCAUGGUAUGAAUUGUCUAGUCCAGGCCCGGGGAACCACUUGCAGACCGCCGCUGAAUUUUUAUUGGCGUACAGGCAAUUUUCUAGAUAUAAAAUGAAACAUAAACCAUUGCGAAGGAGAGUUAUUGGAAUCAGUGGCCGACUUUGCAAUUUGGGGGCCUAAGGCGAAUAUAGCUAAUUAUACACGGUGUCAGGAGGAAGGCAUGGAAAUGGGGAGAAAUCAGUUGUUUGCAAAGAUGACUUAAGUUUGUGUGUGAGACAGAAACAGGGAACGUUCGUGUUUGUGUCAGAUUAUUUACACAUGAAUACUGUGAAGCAACUAAGAUGUUGGGUGCUUCAAAAAUAUGUAUGUCUAAAUAAUUACAAUUUCAUUAAUACAAUCUCAUACACUCAUUACCACCCCCUCGUUUGUAUACUAUUGCUUUCUCCCCAUUUCCAUGCCUUCCAUGGGACAGAAGUGUACAAAGAUGUAAUGCGGAUGUCCACCCAUAUUGUUAUCCAUGUUUUUCAUUGCAUAAAUGACAAAGAAAUAAAGGCCUACUCGUUGCUGGAACUUCUCACUGGACUUCACACAUAGGUGAGGUGUCGCAGCACCAAACUCAGCAUCCGUGAGCGGACUGGAACUCAGUCCGCGGUAGUUAGUGCCACAAAGAACAUUGAGACCUUUGACAAUGAGGCAAUACGUUUUUGGCAUCCUCUCGCCGUUUCCUCUUCUCAAACCCGCUCUGGUAAAUUCGGUUCAUUUUAAGUAGCUUCAAACUUAGCUUCUCACAAAGGCGCAUUACCGCCGUCAUCGUGGAACAGUCCAUUAUACUGUGGGGGCGAGGGGGUAGAUAAUAUGAAUUGAGCGUUCGGAUGGCUUUCUUUCUUCUGUUAUUUGUUUAGUAUGCCAACAUAAUUCUACAAGAAUAUACUUGUAUAUGGGUGCUGCUGGCAGUGGUGGCCCUUGUCCGUGCUGGUUGGGGGGCCUGAGGCAAUUGCCUACUUUGCCUUCAUGGUAUGUCCGCCCCUGAUUGGAAUAUUGAACAAGAUUAUGUAAUGUAUCACGUAAUGAAUGCAUGAGUUUGGGAUAGUUGUAUGCAUUUUGGGUGUAUUUCAAACUAUUCUGUAAAUACUGCCAAUUGUAUUUUGUAAUAAAGUGAAUUAGAAGC